GGAGCUUCGCACGUCCGUCCGGAAUCGGUGUAGCGAUGUGGUGAGGGAUGGCUGAGAAGCGAGCGCAGGCCAAGGAGGCGGCGCUUUCGGCGGCGCUCCAGGGCGCCAAGGCGGCCGAAACGCGCAUCGCGGAGGAGGCCAAGAAGAAGUUCACUCGCAUCGAUGCCUUCGAGGGCAUCUACUCGUUUCUGGCCUUGGACUUGCCUUGCCAAGUGCUCUUCAACAACGUGAUGCACUACUCGGCGCGGCACGCCCUGCUGGCGGCCCAGUUCCCCGACGCAGCCGACCAGCUGCAGGCGCCGGGCAAUGCGGAGGUGGCGGCGGCGAUGAAGUUGGUAGAGCCGGAGGCCGAGGCCAAAGACUGGCGAGACAUUCGCAUCAAGGCAAUGGAGCGCAUCCAGCGCGAUAAGUUCCAACGCUCGGAGGAUUUCCGGAAGAAGCUCAAAGACACCGGGGACCGCGACCUGGUGUGGGAGAACGACGAAGAUACCUUCUGGGGGGCCACCAAAGGCCGCGGACAGAACCACCUGGGCCGAGUGCUCAUGGAGGUCCGGGGCACCAUCCAGGACGACACGGACUUCCACUCCUGGCUCUUCCAGUGCUGCGAGUUGGAGAGCGACCCGGUGCGCCAGCCCCCCGUGGAGCUCACUGAGGGCAAGGACGACGGGACAGGGGAGAAGCAGGUGCACAAGCUGGGGGGCAAGGAGUACUACAGGCUGGGGAAGCUGCCGUCCAACGCGGUGCCGGCGCUGCACCCCUCCAUCUCCCGGGAGCACGCGCUGAUCCUGCACUCCAAGGCUGAGGUGGCGAGGCCCACGGGCGGUGUGGCCGUUAUGGACCUUGGCUCCAAGUUUGGCACCCACCUGGACGGGAGGAGACUCAGCAAUGCCUUCGUCAUGGAGCCGCUGAAGUCGGGGGUGAAGCUGAAACUGGGGGCCUCCACUCGCAGCUACCAGGUGUCGGUGAAUCUGCGCUCGCAGAUUGAGGAGUUAGAGCGCCAGCAGCGCGAGCUGAUGAGAGAGGUGCAGACCAUCGACCAGGAUGCCGCGGACCCGGUGCAGGCGGCCAAGCGCAUGGCCAAGGAGGAAGCCACCUGCUUUGUGGGGAACCUCGAGUACGACACCGAGAAGGCGGAGAUCCUGGGGCUGUUCCAGGACUGCGGGCACGUGGAGGAGGUGCGCUUUCCAGGGCAGGAGGCCGGCGGCAAGGCCGUGAAGGGCAUCGCCUUCGUGGUCUUCGACUCCGCCAUGGCGGCGCGCCGCGCCUGCGGCCUCUCCGGGGAGAGCUUCAAGGGGCGGCGCCUAAAGGUGGCGCCCGCCACGGAUCGCCCAAAGGGAGGGAAGGGGGAAAAGGGCGAGGGCAAGGGCAAGGGCAAGGACAAGGGCGAGAGAGACCACGACCGUGGCGACGACUCCCGUCAGUUCCUGCGAGAUAUGCUGGAUGGCAAGUGGGAGCGGGGCGUGGCCCUGCCGUCCCGGUCCCCGGACCGCGAGCCGCCGCGGCGGCGCGAGGAGCGGCGCGAGGAGCGGCGGCCGCGGCAGCGGGAGCCGUCGCCGGAGCCGUCCCCACCAAGGGACCGCAGCCGCAGCCGCAGCCGGGAUGCGCGGAAGGAGCCGAAGGGCAAAGAGAACCGCAAGGCCAAGAAGAAGCGCAAGCGCCGCUGGGAGCAAGAGCAGCUCCAGCGAGAGCGCUUUGGGCAGCACUGCCGCGGGCCGUGGGACGCAAACCGCGGAGAGCGACGCGACGCCAUGGCGCCGAAGAAGCGGCCGGCCGCGAGCCCCGCGGGCGCGGCGGCGAAGCAGACGAAGGAGGACCCAGAGCCCAAUUUUGCGGCGGCGGCCUCGGCCAAGGGCCCCAAAGCCGAGCUGGAAGCGCUGCCGAAGCCCGUGACGCUGCCGCUGAAGUCCACCGCUUUGGUCUGCAUCGACUUCCAGAAGGACUUCAUGGAGGUCGGGGGCUUCGGGCACGCGCUGGGCAAUGAUGUGACCAAGCUCUCAGAGGAGUGCCUGCCCGGUGCCGCCACUCUGCUGGCGGCGGCGAGAAGUGCCAAGAUCACCGUGGUGCACACCAAGGAGGCACACCGGGAGGACCUGCGGGACUGCUGCGCGAUGAAGUUGGACGGACCCAGGUGCCCUCCAGAGGGGAAGCGCAUCGGCGAGGUGCUGGUGGAGGGCAUGGGCCGACUGCUGGUGGACGGGUCCAAGGGCAAUGAGUUCAUGGAGGAGGCCAAGCCAAUUGACGGGGAGAUCGUGGUCGCAAAGCCAGGCAAAGGGGGCUUCUUCAUGACGGGUCUGCACGAGAUCCUCCGGGAGAAGGGCAUCAGCCAUUUGAUCUUCUGCGGAGUGACCACUGAGGUCUGCGUCAACACCACCAUGAGGGAAGCCAACGACCGCGGCUACGAGUGCGUCCUGGUGGCGGAUGCGACCGGGAGCUACUUCCCGCAGUUCAAGGCCGCGGUUUUGGAGAUGGUGCGGUCCCAGGGCGGCAUCGUGGGCUACACCGUGGAGGAGGCGGAGGACGUGGCCAAGGCUCUGAAGGCUGCAACCUGAUGCCCGCCUUUCCCCCGGCUCGUUGCGAGGGCAAAGUGCCCCGGCCGAGCUGGGGCUUUUUCCUUUUGACCUGGCCUUUUCCCGCGAGAACGCCAGGCCAGAGAUUCGGAGCGCGCCUUUUGUAGGGGG